AGCCAUAAAUAAAAGACAUAACUAGACUUGUAAACUAUAUAUGUUGAUGUCAAAAUGAUAUAUUAUAUUAAAAUGAAACUACUGUGUUAUGUAAGAUUAUAGCUAUCAUAACAGGAAAAUAUCCAACAUACAGUGGGGACACAUAUUGAGGAUAUUCUAUCCAGCGAAAGAUUGAACUGAUGAACUGAUAAGAAUAGCCUCGAGUGUGAGCGAAUUAGUACUCCCCCCCUCCCCCUUCUCUCUCUCUCUCUGUGCAGCAGGUGGCGAUGGUCUGAUAAACCGUGCGUGUCCUUGCUCCACAUGCAGAGUAAAGACUUGUAGACAUAUUCACGCUGUCCCCAGUAUGCGUCUUCUCUCGACAAAAGGUGGAGGUGACGGAAGUCAAAUCAAACAGAAGAAGUAGCAUCAUCAUCAAACCAUAUAAAACCAUAAUCAUCAUCAUCAUCAUCAAACUAUAUAAGGAUACCAUUGAAGACAUAGCCAUCACUGUCAAAUCAAAACUGAAUGAACUCAAACUCAUCCAUUUAGAAAAAGUUUUGGUUUCAGAAAAAAAGUCUCUUUGUUAUGACCAUGUCAUGGUAACAAAAACAUAACAACAAUAUUAAAAGAAAACAAAAAAUUGGAAAUAAACGUCAAUUCGAGGUGCAAGGUCAAGGUCAGGAGGUUUCAUUCCUACUCGCUCAUGAACAUCAUCUUCCCCCCAGAACAGAGUUGGAGUAAAGUGAACAUCACGGUGACUACACCCGUACAAGUCGACACUAAAACAAUGGACGUCGCUCAGUUACUGCACUACCUUCUGACCGGAUCGCUGUUGCUACUUCCGGGAGCGUACCACGCAGCUGAACAGCGGCGAUCUGCGCAGGCCUUCCAUUGUAAUUACUUCCUCACGUCCGUGACCUUCGGUUCCCUUCUCUCCUUCCUCUUCAGUGUUACUGCGAUGGUAGUGGUUGUAACUAGUGGCCAUGGCGUCAAUGUGUGCCCGUGCUACGUGAAAUGUGACACACUGGUUCUUGUCUGCAUGGUGGCUAGUGUUGCAUUGUAUAAUAUGACAAGUGGUUAUGCAAAGACAUUUACUGUUCCUGAAAUCGUUUUCAGUGGUUAUUGGCGGGCUGUUGUGUUGUGGGCUUUCUUUGCCAUUGGAGUCCAAAUGCUUUUACAGAGUCCCGACGAGGCAGGGGUUACCUGUGUUUCCCAGUCUGUGGUCAGUUUGCCGUAUGACUCGCAUAUCUACAUACCGAUGUUCUCAGGAAGACAAGACUCCACUACUCUGGUGGUACUCAACGCAUUGCUGUAUGUCCCGCCGUCACUUGUCAUCCUUGGCUGUGGUAUCAGACACCCGCGUAGUGACCCACACACUUCAGAUGCGCUGCUCAGCGGACAGAACGCAUGUGCACUCUGCCAAAGCACUUUGAGAAUACUUCACAAUCCGACUUGGAGAUAUUUCUUUGUUUUUAUACUUUGUAUACUCAGACCGAUCUUGUUGCUAAACAACUGGUUCCGUCACCAUGACUACACGGAUGUGGCACCUGCGGUACUUAUCAUGUUGUUCUAUCCAAUCAACCUCGUACAUGCCAUCAACUAUUUCAAUGUUCGCAACUUCAGUUGGGCGACUUCGGCCCAAAUAUACCAUGUUUAACUAGCAAUAAAUUACCACAGAAUAUCUCGCGCUCGUCAGCUUGGAACGUUUUCAGUUAUCUAACUUUACGCGCGUGUUAUUAAUUGCCGAAAUGUUGGAACGAGCCUAUUCUAUAUUGACACUGGUAUUUCUCUUGACGAAACUUCUGAAUCGCCAUUAUACAACAUGAGGUCUACUCUAUAUAUAGAUGAUGACCUGUUUGAUUUACUGAACUGGAAAUACACGUCGAUAACUGCUGAAUUGUUGAAUUGUUCGACAGGUGUUACUUAGAAGUUGACGGAUGACAAAGAAUUUAUGGAUGACAACUUCUUUAAUUACUGUAAAUGUGACGGUUCGGUAGAGAUCCUUUUCCGUUGUCAAGCAAGACUGAAUGAUGAACAUGGUUCUGAAUAUACUUCGAUAUUGCUUGUCACAAAGACGUAUCGGUGGAACUCCUGAAUCGCCACGACACAAUCUGAGAUUUCAGAGACACGUGGACUCAUCGUCAUUGGCUGUGAAAUAAUGUGUAGUGGUAAUAUACGAAUUGAUCUGUUCAUACCGAAGAUUUCCGACAGUUCAACUUUACACUAACACGUUGCUAUUUUUCCAUCGGAAUCUCUUACCUUGGCGAAAGGGCUACGCAUGUGAAGUGAUCCCACGUUCGAUUCCAUGCACUACGCAUCAUAUUGUCCCGAUCGGAGCAAUAUUGAUGCCCUCGUAAUAAAUUUGUCAACCAUGUGAUUGUAAGGAAAAUACACUAUCACUCGUCCAUCACGCCAAGUUUAAUGACCAGGAAUCUGAUAACAUCCUGACUGAACUGUUGAUUGUUAUAAUGUGUGUCAGCUUAAUGCGGGGUCGAAAGCGGGCAAGUUCAUAGACCCCAACAACUUUGGUGAAACCCAUGAGUAAACUUGUGUACAUGUGACAAAUCAAUUUUCACAAUCGGGGUGAAUCGUGGAUCAUCUCUUAAUGGUUCAACUUUGCACAGCGAGUUAGGACACUGAACAGUAAACAGAGAGACCACGCUGCGGGAACACCUCAUACCCGUACGGGAAGGCUGUGUUCUAUGUGCGGCAUUGGCACACAGUGUGAGGCCCAUUCUUGGGGCGGUGUAAACAUGUACUGACUCUCCCGCCCAUUUGGGCCGUUUAAGAGUGCGUUUUCAGUUUCAAAAUGAAACGUAUGGUUCUGUUAUUAGCAGUUCAGAUCUAAAUGCAUUGAAAUGACAUGCAUCCUUAACCAACUGUGCGAUUUGUUAAUGAAGGGCUUUGCUUGGUUCACAUAGUUAUUGGUAAAUUAUCACACUAAAAUGUCGACUAACUGAGCGUCGAGGGUAGCCGACUGCAGCAGUCGAUGUUAAUGCGGGUUUUGUAUCGAAAUGGUUUGGGGUGGCUGUUUG